AUGAGAGAUGCAUCAGAGGCAAAUGCCCAUAAGCUUGAUCUCAAAGACGUUAUACUUGAGGUUCCUAACCAGAACAUGCUGUCUAGUGAGAAAUAUGCCAGACUUAUUAACGGUCUGGAUAUUGAGUUUGAGUCUGGGAAGAUGUAUGCUUUUAUGGGAACAAGCGGAAGUAGCAAGACAACGACUAUGGAGGCCAUUGCAGGAAUGGUUCCAUAUGGGUCCAGAACCAGUGGAGAGAUAUUGAUAGAUAACGAGGAGAGAGACGAAGAUUCAUGGGGAAAGGAGUCGGCAUAUGGAAGGCAGCAGGGGUACACUAUUAGUGAGCUGACAGUCGAGGAGUUUAUCAAUUAUUCCAUUGCCUUCUCUUUGCCUCAUGAGGACAAGGAGAGGAUCAAGACGACCAUAAGUGAAGUGCUGUGCAACGUCCUCGGAUUGGAGCAUGUCAGGGCCAACCGAAUGGAGAAUCUCUCUGGAGGAGAAAAAAAGAGGGUGAGUGUUGCAGUGACUUUUAGUAAGAUGCUUCUACUUGAAGGAAAGUUAAAGGUAGUACUUCUUGAUGAACCCACCAGUGAACUUGAUUCGGGACUGGCAAUGGAUGUUGCAAACUUUCUUAAGGGCUAUGCUAAGAGAAACGGCACGAUGGUACUUGUGACUAUUCAUCAGCCAGGACACGGGCUUUUUAAUACCUUUGACGGCCUUCUGUUUAUGGACAAAGGAGUAAAGAUAUAUGCAGGGCCCACCAGUGGCUUUAUGAAAUACUUAAAUUCCAAAGGGAUUUACAACACGAGUAAAGAAGAGACUGACUUGGAGUUUAUAUUCGGAGUUUUCAAUGAAAAAUCUGAGAGGGGAAAGCUUUACAAAGAUAAGGUUGCAGAAAUUAAAAGGGAGAGAGGAAUUGGAAAAAAUAAACAAGGAAAAUUUAAGGACUCGGUUGAUACGGCCGUUAACUUUAUCCCAAACUUUUCAGUAGCCACUUCCCUAGCUAAAAGACAGCUGAUUAUAGAUUGGAGAAAUCUAAAUAUCCCGUAUGGCUUCAUUCUAACUGUCCUUUUAACUCUCUUUCUUGCUGGUGUUGCGAAGUGUGUUGUUAUGGAGAGAUGCAAUCUGCCGGGCAGUAUUCUAGCAUGCUUUAUAUUUAGGAUUUUUUCGGUGUUUUUGUCGUCCAUUCCAAAUGGACUGUUAAAGGGAAUCGGAUACACCACCAAAGAAGUUUCCUAUGGCUUAUACAACUCACCCACUCUAUGGUUUUCGGCAUUGAUUUUGGAGACACCACUGAUUGUUCUCCGAUUUACAAUCUUCUUUGGAAUCAUAUACUGGUUCGGACUUGUUGAAGGGGAUGAUGUCUUCUUCCUCGGCAGCCGCCUUAUGUUGUCGGUUUUGUCAAGUAAUGUGUUUCGCUUAGCACUUCUAUGCAAUGCAGACCCUUUGUCAACAUUCGGAAGAAUUACGCAAACAGUUGUGUCUUUCUUAGUUCCCUUGAUUUCUCCUGUAAUGCCAUUUAUUGGAAACAUGCUUUUCGGCUCAAGUCAACCCUCUGAAUCCAAUGGCGCGUCAGUUCAAGCAUUUUGCAAGUGGUUUUUUGGAUCUUUGUAUUCUGUGCUUAUACCGAGCACUCUUCCUGAAAAAGAUAUUUAUGCUUAUUGUCAGACGAAACGGCCAGAAGAAGGUCUCAAAAUGAUUCCGAGUUCAGCUCAGGAUAAAAGCGCGAUCCUAGAUCUUAUCACUUAUUAUUUAGAAGGAAAUGGCACCGACGCAUCGAGUCAAAGCUUCUCCAAUGUCUAUGCUUUAACUGCCGUGAUAUUGCUGUCAAUACUUGCACUCAGUCUUUUAGGGAUUUCUUUUCUAGACAGGAGAUUUACGCCCUCGACGCGCUACCAACUUUCUAGCGGUAGGAGUAUAUCUGAUAAGAAUUUUAUGUCAAGUAUAAAGUCUCUCACCAGGGGUAUUUGGUUCAAAAGAUUCCUUAUAACCUUAGUUGCAGUCUUAAUAGUCUUAACUGUAGCCCUUGCCCUUUCCAAAUCUAGCUUUUACUCAGGAGCCCUACUUCUUUAA